CAAACCCUGCUCAGGAAGGAGGGCCGGUGCAGGAGAUGGUUAAAAUUCUGCAUCCUUUUUGCAUCCGCCUCCAGAGGAAGCGCUGCUUUUUUUUCGCCCCCCCCCCCACCCCCGAAGCAGGAGGAGGGGGGAAAAAAGCUGAGAGCAGCAAUUUGCAGGCCUUGGGAUGUUUUUCUCCUUGACAGCCCCGGGCCCCGCCUCGCUCCGGCCCUUCCUCCGACUGCGCGCGGCUGGCCCUGUGGCCACGGCUCGGCUCAGUGUCUGCCGCUCCUGCCUGGCCCCCUGCACACGCGUCCUCCGCUGGGAGCCCAGGCCAGCCCCAGCCGGCAGGGAGGCCGGCUGGGGGCAGGCAGGCAGCGAUGCCCGCGUCGGCCGCAGCUGCCUGGCACUGCCCUCCUUUGUGCCUGCCUCCUCUGCCAGCCUCCGCUCCACCCCCCACCCCCACGAGGCCUGCUCCUGGGCCCGGCCGCAGGGCCUGCUGCCCGCAGAGCUCCCACCCUGCGCCCACUUGGGGUGCCCUCACCUUCUGGGCCCCCGGCUCCUGGCCUCAGGUCCUGCUGGUGCCCAGGUCGCCCGGCCCCGUCCUCCGUGCUCUGCGUUCGCCCCACCCUGCUGCCCGAGCUCGGCGGCGAGCCUGGCACCGUGCCAGGCUGCCUGGGAGCCCAGCCCGGGCAGGGCGAACUUUCCGGCGAGGGUUGGUCUCAAACUCCUGGGCUCAUGUCUUCCUGCCUCGGCCUCCCAAUGUGCUGGAAUUACAGGUAUGAGCUACUGUACUCAGCCCAAACCCAGGGCUCUUAACCACCCUACUAUGCACUGUGCUGGCCCCCAGUCAAGGGAGAGAAUUCACGUCAGGAAAAAAUGUUUUACAGAGAGGCAGCUAAGUCUGUUCCACAAUGGAUGACACAGUCCCCCUCACAAACCAUCCCACAGAUCGAACCCCAAGGAACUCUGCUCCUAUAUGUGCCCAUGGGGCAAGGGAUGCAAAACACCAGGCAAAGGAGCUCAGAGGAUGGCACUCUUCCAGAGAGCUGUGUGUCUCUGGGAAAACUAACACACCUCUCUGAGCCUGUUGCUACAGCUUUACCAUCAGUGAUGUGACUGCAGGUCUUCUCGGCUGCCUGUCAGCGGAUGCACAGGCCUGUGCACAGGGCUCCACAGGGACCAUGCCGACAUCACUGCACACCCACCCUCCUGCUCAUAGGACAGCCCAUUCACACCUGCUUCUCCACCAGCCACAGGCUUCUUGGGAGGAGCAGACUCUUCUCCACGGACAAGCCACUGCCCCUUUGAGGGCCUCAACUUCCUUACCUAUGAGAUGAGGAAACAAAUCUGCACUAAGGAAACAAAUCUGCACUUCCCAUGGGACUUGGGGGGUGAAAAGGUAACCUCCGUAAAGCGGCCCCUGGUGUGGGGAACCACCCAAUAGAUGACAGUCCCUCCCGCCUUCCCCCUAGGCCCAGAGCUCCGCAGAGUCCUCAAGUCGGUGUCCCUCCAGGCCAAAACGCUGCCACCCCCUGGUUAGUGCACUACAGGGUGGUGGGGAAGGGGGGCAUCUGUGGAAGAAAACACAGGACUUGGCCUGGGGUCCUGGGCAAGACCUCUGUGACCUCAGUUUCCCCGGAUCCCUCCAGGUGUGACCUUGUAGACGGCCUCUGUUCUGGACUCACAGCUGCUGAGGACGAGGAAGAGGACACUGCAGGCUUCCUUCAGUCCCCUGGGGAGGUUCAGAUGCUCUGACUCCCUGAUACCACCUUUGCUGGGCAGAAUAAUGUCCCCAAGAUGUCCGAGCCCUAAUCCCUGGAACCUGGGAAAGUGUUACCGCACUAGACCAAAGGGACUUUGCAGGUGUGUGAUUGAGUUAAAAAUCUGCAGUGGGAGGAUAGCUUGGAUUAGCCACGUGCACCCAAUCUAGUCACACAAAACCUUAAAAGCAGAGACUCCUUCCCUGCUGUGGUCAGAGACAGAACGAGGGGACGCUGCUGGCUUUAAAGAUGGAAGAAGGGAGGAGGAGCCAAGGAGCAGGUGCCGCCAGAGGCCAGAAAAGGCAAGGUAUGGAUUUUUCCCCUGGAGUUCCAGGAGGAACUAGCCCUGCCAACACCUGGAUUUUAGCCCUGGGAGCCCCACCUCAGACAUCUGACCCCCUUGACUGUAAGGUAAUAAAUGUGUGUUGCUUAAGCCACUAAGUCAGCCAGAAGUUGUUACAUGGCUGCCACAGGAAACUAACAGGCCCUCCCCUCUGGCCCGGACAUGCCCAGCUGCCUGUGAAGGGGAAGAAGGACACAGCCCUCAUCGAUGUGUUCACACACCUUGCUCCCCUGCUGGGCUGGCCCUGGGGCUGCAGACUUGAUCCCUGCUCUCAGGAGCCUUCGCCAGCUGGGAGAUGCCCGCAGAGCCUCCCUUCCUGCUGCUGCUGCCCCGUCCUCUCCUCUUCCUCCUGCUGCUGUUUGUUGAGUGCUCCCUGUGAGCAGGCACCAGGCUAGCGUCCUCCUCCCCACCCCGGCCUGACAGGCUCAGUGGUCAGGCCACCCGAGCAGCCACAUUGUGGACCCCCGAAUCCUGCCCAUGGUUUGGCAGGACAAAGGGUCUUUUCUGCUUGAGAGUCAGGAAUGUGUCCUCCUCACAAUAAGGGCAGCAUGGAGUUUCCCUGGGCCAGUGCCUCAGCCCAUUGAGCCUGGGGUCCUUGUCUGUACCUGGGGAUGAAGGUAGCACCUCACAGAUGGCGAUCAACACAGCCAGUGCAGGGCAGGCAGUCAGCGCUCCAGACUCACUUCGAGUCUUUGACUACGCUGCCAGUCAAGUCAGUUGUGGGAAAAGUCAGGUUUUUCUCUUGAAAGUCAGGGCCGGGUGCAGUGGCUCAUGCCUGUAAUCCCAGCACUUUGGGAGGCUGAGGUGGAUAGAUCACAAGGUCAGGAGAUCGAGAC